GCCCAGCUAGAUCCCGGCGGUCAGACAGCAAAGUGGGAGCGUCACCAUAAGCUCAUCCCCAGCCCCAACCCUGGUACCCAGCGGCAGAAAAAGCAGCGGCUCCGGCCUCGCGCUGUUGCAAGCCGGCUCCUUCUGCGCUCGCCGCCCCCCUUCCCCGGAGCACCAAGCUCCCAUCGCCUUCCUCUUUCCUUCCCGUCCCCCUGGCUUCCGCGCGCCGCCGGCCACCAACCCGCUCGCUACCAUGUCGGUGGAACUGGAAGAAGCGCUGCCUCUGACCCCGGCCGAGGAGGCUCCCGACACCCCCGAGAAGAAGCCGGCCAGCAAGAAGGCCAAGGCGGGUUCGUCGUCGCUGUCGCCUUCCAAGAAGAAAAAGAACAACAAGAAAAAGAACCAGCCGGGCAAGUACAGCCAGCUGGUGGUGGAGACGAUCCGCAAGCUGGGCGAGCGCAAUGGCUCGUCGCUGGCAAAGAUCUACAACGAGGCCAAAAAGGUGCCUUGGUUCGACCAGCAGAACGGGCGCACCUACCUCAAAUACUCCAUCAAAGCCCUGGUGCAGAACGACACGCUGCUGCAGGUGAAGGGCACGGGCGCCAACGGCUCCUUCAAGCUCAACAAGAAGAAGCUCGAGGGCGGCGGCGACAAGAAGGGCUCGGGCUCGGCCACCUCGCACCAUAAGGCCAAGAAGGCCUCGGCCUCGGCGUCCUCGGCGUCCGCCUCGGCGCGGCGCAGCGACAAGAAGCCGGCCAAAGCCAAGAAGCCUGAGAAGCGGUCCCACAAGAAGGGCGCCGGCGCAGGGGGCGGAGGGGGCAGUGGCAAGAAGGACAAAGGCAAGGCCAAGAAAGCGGCCAAGAAGGCGUCCUCGUCCGGGGGGAAGAAGGUGAAGAAGUCGGCCAAGCCCAGCGUGCCCAAGGUGCCCAAGGGCAGGAAGUGAACGCGCCGCGGCCCAGUCUUUCCUCCUGCCCACCCUGCGGUACCUAAGCUGUGACAGCCGCCACCUACCGAGUGCCCUCUUCCCUCCGCCAUGAACUGAGCGAGUCGACCCGGGACCGAGAUCUGGUGGAGAGGCGCUGACUCGCCGCCCAGUCGCCAAAAUGGUUAUUUUUGUAGCGAUUUGCUCGGGGGUGGGGGAGGGGACGGUUUUUUUUUUAAGCCCUUUGUGUAGGUUUUGUACUGUUUGUUUACAGGGCAGCCCUAGCUCCAGCCCCAGGACUCUGUUCCCGGCCUGAACCUCGGGGGUCCCGGAGGUCCGGGGUGGGGUUGGGGGGAGGAAUGGGACACGGGGAUGUAUCUGUUGCCUUUCUGAGUUAACCCUCCCACUGCUUCGCCUUCUCCCAUCCCCGCCCCCGGCUGCAGUAGCGAUUUUUUUUUUGGUUGUUGUUUGCUUUAGAAUUUUGAAACAGCCCCGGCGACGCCCCUAUUGGCUCUCGCCAUUGGCAACAGGACGGUCGCCAUGGCGACGGGUUCGUAUGCUCCAAU